AUGGGAUAUCGCGGCGGCGCUGAAGCCGGCGCUUGGAGAAGACCCGGCUGCCGGGAGCGGAUCAGUCCGAGCGGCGGCGGGACCAGGAGGAUGUGGGCCUCUCACGGGCUGGCGGUGGCGCUGGCCCUGACUGUGCUACCGGGAGGGAGCCGGGCCCUUCGGCCAGGAGACUGCGAAGUAUGCAUUUCUUUUCUGGGAAAAUUUUACCAAGACCUUAAAGACAGAGAUGUCACAUUUUCCCCAAGCAAUAUUGAAAAUGAACUUAUGAAGUUUUGCAAUGAUGCAAAAGGAAAAGAAAACCGUUUGUGCUAUUACAUUGGAGCCACCAGUGAUGCAGCCACCAAGAUUAUCAACGAAGUGUCCAAGCCUCUUAGCCACCACAUUCCUGUUGAGAAGAUCUGUGAGAAGCUAAAGAAGAAAGACAGUCAAGUCUGUGAGCUCAAAUAUGAUAAACAGAUUGACCUGAGCACAGUGGAUCUGAAGAAACUCAGAGUUAAGGAGUUGAAGAAGAUCCUGGAUGACUGGGGUGAAAUGUGUAAAGGCUGUGCUGAAAAAUCAGACUACAUACGGAAAAUUAACGAACUGAUGCCCAAAUAUGCCCCAAAGGCAGCUAGUUCACGGACUGAUCUUUAGUUUGCACAGCGCUCUGUAGGCAUUUCAGAAGAAAUCACAUUUAAUCUGUUUCCAAACAGCCUUUUUGUAAUUUAUUUUUAAGAGGGCUCCUGAUGGUGUCAGAUCUGAAACCUGGGGCUUGAUUCAAGAUGCUGGUUCUACAGCUCCAUUGCGUCUCUCUCUCUGUACUGUUCUUCAUUUUUGUUGUUUCUUCAUUUAGGACUUCACAAUAUGUAUGGGAUUUUUUUAUUAAAGUUUUAAAAAAAAUUAGUUUUCUAGCUGUCAGGGUCCGUGCCAUUCUCAGCUCUGAUAAAGUUAUCUUUGCUGUAAGAGUGUUCCUCACGAAGCAGAUUCCAAGGUGACCAGUCUCACCUCCUAGAACAUAAGGAACAGAGGAAUAGGUUGCCUGAUCUGGUGGUUGUACUUAAAGAGCAGAUAAUUCUGUAUUACUUUUAGAAGGGCAGAUAUCUCUGUAUCUGCACAACAGAGAACGUUCAAAUCCUACUGACUUGUGAUACCAGGCAAGUCACCUCUCAGUGCUCUCGAAGACUCCAAGACCAGAAGUUGCUGCCCAGCACUAGUAAAAGGAGUUUGUUUAUCCAGGAGGCUCCUCUACCAGUGAAAUCAUAGGUCGUCCUCUUCUGACAGACUUGAUGUCCAGACAAGUUACAGAGAAUUGUCCAGUCUUGGUCCUUGAUGCCCAGGAAACUGAAUUCCUAGAAUAAGCUCUUUUGGUUUGGUCAUCGGCUCUACCUUCCAAGGCCCAAGAUAGUAAAACAGUCUAGGCCUGGGGUGAUGAAAAGACAACUGUUUCCAAGUAUGACGAUUUAUUGGGACAGUGAGGAGGGCAGGGAAACUAAUAAAAUGGAUCAUACCACAAAGAGACCUUUGAGAUCAAGUCUAAACUCUUUAUAUAGAGGAGAAAACAUCCACAGAGGAAAAGAGAUUUGUCUGAGGUCAGACACUAAAUAGUAUUAGGGAUUGGAGCCAGGUCUUUGACCUGAGUUUUAUUCUCCUGCUGCCUCCUCAAAGUUCCAGAGGUCUGCACAGCCCAUUAGACUGAAACAGCAGACCCAAGAGUAGUAACCAACAGGAAGUUUUCUGAGAAAAGUCAGUAGGAACCCAGACCCUGGAAAAAUACAUUGGAAGGCCUGUGGUUUUAAUGGUGUCUGUGAUUUAUAUAGCCCCAGCUUUUCUCCAACAACAUUAACAGCUGUGAGCCUAUGGCCCAACCUCAAUGACCUUUGGUCAUCUGCCCUCAUUGGGCCAAUGCUGGGCACAGGGCAGCUGAAAAAGUGGCCCAAAUGUAGGGUCUCGGCAUACAAAGUGAAAACAGAUUGUGCCCCUCUGGACACCUACUCUGCCUUCAAAUGAGUCGUCUAAUUCUCUCCUACCUUCUCAGGAAAACAAUGCAUUUCACUAUGUAUAGAAAGUUUAAAAUAUCAAAUGACACACAUAAAAGAGUUGAGAAAUAUGAGGGGUUUUUUUUAACUUUAGGUAGAUGACUAAUUUACUUUUCAAAAUACCAUAUUCCACUUCACCUUUUAACAUAAACAAGCAGCAUUUACCAAUUCAAAGAGGUUUUUCCCUGGCAUGUAAAAGCACUUCUGGCUGUUCGUAAAAUUUGAAGUUGAUCAUAUGACUUAGGACUUUCCUCUGAGAAGCCCUAUGAAAUCUAGUGAUCUGUACUUUAUCCCUAUUUUUGAAUACUUUUGUGUAAUUUUCUUGUAUGAUUUCCUUGAGGAAUACAGGCUUUUCAUCAUGUUUUUCUGAAAAGGACUAUAAUUUUUUAAUAUGAUUUUGUUUCGGUUUAGACUCUGCCUACCCAGGGACCCCAAAAGCUUUCGGUUUUAUGAUGUCAUGGAACCAUCUGAAAGAAUUCGAGUCAGACCAUCUCUAAUCCAAGUUUAGGCAUUUAUUGAGAUUGAUGCCUCUCAUGAAGCAGGCUAAGUUCCAAGAGGAACCAGCAACUUCAGAGAAAGCAAGGUGGGUUUUUAACAGAAAUUAUGAAUAUUAAAAAAUCAGGAGGCAUUUGUUUAAGGUAAUAGGGGAGGGGUCCCAGCCACAGUGGAACUGUGCAUGCAAUUACCCACAGUGCAUACAGAAAAACCUAUUUGGAGGGUUAUGUACGUAUGAUAAUGAUAAUACAACAAGCCUCUCUGUCAUAAGUUCAUUCUAGGUCAGCUCUUAAAUAUUAUUGCACAGGGCCUACCUAGGGAAAGUUCCUUCUAUUGUUUUGGGGUCCACAUCCUGCUUGGGCAACCUGGCGGUGCUGUUUUCUGAUUGGCUGAGUAUAGUGCUCCUCUCUGAGACUAGAUGGUUGUGGUUGAGUGCAUGAACACACCCGCUGUUUCUGUGGGAAAUAAGAGGAAUGCGUCUGGGGGCAGUGGCUGGCUAGAAGCAAUGGCUGGGACCCCAUCACAUGGACACACCUGUUCUGUGAGAAAUAUGAGUUCAUGGACACACUUGUUCUAGUGAGCAGUGAAGCAAGCAUCUAUGAAGUUAGAAUAUUGAGUGUGGGCAGGGGGGAAUGGCUAAUGAGGGGCAGUGGGCUUGCUGUUCAGUGGCGCCUAUAAGGAAGUUAGAAUACUGGGGCUGGGGGCAGCUUUAUUAAGAUUCCAUCAAUUUCUUCGUGUCUUUUCCUUCAUCUUGGACUCCACGUUGUAAAGAUCUCGUGUUUUUUUCAAAUCCCCUGUCCUUUCUCAAUUGGCUGUUUUAGAGAGAGAAUUCUAAGUCACGAUCUAUCACCCUGGAGAGCCUAAGAUUUCUAUCCUGAUUUCUUCCUUUGAUGUUGUUUUUAAUUAUUUUGGUGUUCCUCUUUUGAGCCAUUCUGUUGAUUUUUUUUAUCUUUUCAUCAGGGAGUUUUUAGUUGCUUUCUAUUCUGGGGAAGCUGGACGAGUACUACAGUAUUGAGGAAAGGCAGUGUCCUAGUUUUCAAAAAAGGAAAGAGAAUGUAGUCUGCAGACUGCAGGCUAGUAACUUUGACUUUAGUCCCUGGAAAAAACUGUAGAACAAAUUGCUAAAGAUUGCCAUCAAAAUAAUUUAAAAUGCUUGGUAAACACCUAGAAAUGGAAGCAGGGCUCACAAAGAAACAGCAUGGCUUCCUCAACAACAGGCCAUGCCAAAGUAGCCUCAUCUCUUUUUUGAUGGGAGUUUACCAAACUGGGAGAUUGGGGUAAGGUUGCAAAUAACAAAAAGAUUUCAGCAAAACUUUGAACAAAAAUCUUUCAAGUGAUUCUUAUGGACAAGACAGAAAUAUAGCCUAGAUAAUACUGCUUUCCAUUCCAUGUUCUCCCAGUGGUUGAAAAGGGGUUUGGAGACAAAUUGGUCAUUGAACCUUGAGUGCAUGGCCAACUGGCUGGAAAGCACUAGACACCAGGGAUUCCCAGAAGCAGAAAUAGAAUCUAUUAAACCGUAUGCACUUUUCUCACAUGGUCUCCCAUUGUAACAACUGUACUAGAUAAUAUUGCACUUGGAGUUAUUAAUAUUUUUAUGUAAACUCGGGAAGAAAUCUUUAGUGGAGCGACCCCAGAGAUGUGUGCUUAGCUAUCACAUUUUACUGUUAAUCUGCCAUGAUCAAGUCUGCUGAGAGCCAGGAAGCAGAUCUGCAGUAUGAAUUCUUUCCCUGCCUGCAAGUUUCUCAAUGUCCGGGAUCACUUCAUCCUUUCACUCUGUAUGUAGAACCAUAUACUCCAUGGGAGCAUUAGAGAUUAAAAAUCAGACCUGUGAA